AUGAAUGGGUUGUUCAACGGUACUUCGGUGAAGAAGUUGUUAGGCUGGAGAAUUGGGGAAGAAGAAGAGAAGUUUGCCGAGAAAGCGGUAGAAACGCUCGUCAAAAAGUUGAAGAAGAAGAACGGAGGCGUUGGAACUUUGGAGGAUUUGGAAUACGCAUUGGCUCAUCCCGGAUCGCAUUCUAAAUGUGUUGCUUUGCCAAAAAGUCAGGACGGACGUCUCCAGGUGUCACACAGGAAGGGCCUCCCACACGUGAUCUACUGUCGCGUAUGGCGAUGGCCCGACUUACAGUCACACCAGGAGUUGAGACCAAUUCCGGAGUGUUUGUAUCCGCAUGACCAUAACAACAAAACCCCGUAUGUCUGCAUCAAUCCGUACCACUACCAACGGCUGGAUCAGUCUCGAGGAGCCCACUUCAGCUACUCUCCACCGAUUCCGUCGCCUACUGUAUCCACAGCAGGAUCAUCACCAUCGUGCUCUGGACGACUAGAGAUGACGUCACCCUCGAAUAUUCCAUCAUCAUCCAGUUCUCCAGAAUAUGACAUGGCGUUCAGUCCGUCUUCAAUGUUGUCUGAAGAAGAAGUGGCUCGAAUGGAUCAGGUCAGCCCUUAUUCUGCUCCACCCACACAAUACUGGGCAACUAUCUCGUACUACGAACUAAACAGCAGAGUUGGAGAAUAUUUCAAGGUGUAUAAGAACGAGCUGAUAGUGGAUGGUUUCACCGAUCCUAAUUCAGACGAACGUAUUUGCCUUGGACUUCUCUCAAACGUGAAUCGAAACCCCACCAUCGAAAAUACGCGACGGCACAUUGGAAAAGGAAUAAGUCUGGUGUAUACGAGCGACUAUGAUCUCUAUAUUCAAAAUCUCUCGGAAUCGUCCAUCUUCGUGCAGUCGCGAAACCUUAACUACAACAUGCACCAAGACCAAACAACUGUCUGCCGUGUACCGGCUCAUAGCGCUGCAGUGUGUGUUUUUAGCAACAUCGUCUUCCAACAGAUGUUGCAAAACGCGAAAAUGCGGGGUGCGGAAGAAUUGCACGCUCUGCAGAAAGUUUGCUUCAUCCGACUGUCAUUUGUAAAAGGUUGGGGACCAGAUUAUCCGAGGCAAGAUGUCACCUCCACACCAUGUUGGCUCGAGAUACAGUUGCUCUACCCUCUUUGGAUUCAGCUGAAGAUCGAUGCAUCCGCAUUUCUCGUCGAAUUCAGUCGGCACUCAUUCCGCUCUGCUGAUACUAAACGUUGUCAGAAUGAUGUCAUCAGAAAAGCACAGAUGGGGAAAAUCCUUAUCAAAGGAGAUGGUGCUCGAAUCCCGUUGAAAACUUUAGCACAACAGCGACCUUUUAUUGACGAUUACGUGGUCAAUUUCAUUACGAAAACCUCUUUCCCUUCUUCUUUCAUUCCGCUCUACGCUGUGGAUCCCGAUGUGAAGUUACUCAAGCGUUCUUCUCGGGCCAAUUUUCGCGCUGAAAUCAUCAACAAUAAUAUUGCAGAAGCACAUCGACAAAACAUUGCCGGAGGUGUGUUUCAUAUCUGGAGUGGAUCCAACAUCGAUUUCCUGAUGUUACAUGAUUCAAUGAACGUUUUUUGUACUAUUCAAUAUGCUUCUUUGAUGAUGUUGUUCUACUUCAAACACGCAAAUGUUAUGGAAGAGCUACAGCGUGACACUCGUUCAUCUCGGUAUCAGUGUAGAAUUUGA